AUGUCUGCCGCUUCUACACCAGCCUACAAGUUAGAAUUACAAGACGUCGUGUAUAAAGUGGCCAAAGUACGUGUUGAUCCAGGUGUUCUGCUGAACCAUAGUAAACAGAUCGAAUCCACCCCUGUAAAGUAUACCAUAUCAAGAAAUGAACUAAAAAUGAAUACCAUACCCAAAGGAUCUACCGAGUUUUACUGGGACAAUAUAUUUCCACAGGCAGUACCCGAUCGAAUCGUGGUGGCUCUGGUGGACCAGAAAGCUGUGAAUGGGGAUUACACAGCCAACCCCUUUAAUUUCGAUCAUAUGGGAUUAACAGAUAUCGGGAUAUACGUCAACGGAGAAAGCGUACCUGGAAGACCACUGAAGACGGACUUUACGGCAGGACAUUAUUCAGCCGCCUAUGCUCGUUUAUUUGAAGCCUCUGGGAAAUGGAACAACGAUGCUGGACUGAUUAUCUCUCGUGAUAAUUUUGGAAAUGGAUACUCACUUUUUGUGUUUACGAUAGAUCCUUGUGGAUUUGGAGAAGAGUAUUUAAACCUGAUUCGUAGGGGAAACACCAGACUGGAAUUGAAAUUCAAACAAGCAACAACCAAAGCUGUCAAUGCCAUUGUAUUUGCAACUUUUUCAUCCCUACUUGAGGUUGACAAAUCACGUGACAUUAACUACAUUCAACCAAGAAUUCAACGCAUCUUUUAA